AAAACCAUCAGAGUUAAGAAUUUAAACAACAGUUUUGUCUUGAACAUUGUAGAAGAAACAGCACAGAAAUUUUAUUAUUUUAAACAAAAUGAAAACUAUCUUAUGUUUAAUUUUAGCAACCUCUUUGGCCUUAACCUCGGCUUAUUCAGCACGUCCUCAGUUUUAUAAACAACAGAGUAAUAAUUACAAUGUUAACAAAAAAUCUUAUCAGCAACCAGCCGCUUCCACCAAUAACUAUCAUAAGGCUAGUACUGUUUUAUCUUCUUCCUCUUCCUCUUCCAGUGAAAAAGAAUCUCAAAUUUUACACAAUGAUAUGGAAAUGAAAGGUGAUGGUACUUAUCAUUAUGAUUUCGAAACCUCCAAUGGUAUUAAACGUACCGAACAGGGUGCCGUUGAUGGCACUAUCCAAGGUUCCUCGUCUUAUAUUUCUCCCGAGGGUGUUGAAAUUAAAACUACCUAUGUAGCUGAUGAAACUGGCUAUCAUCCAGUUGGUGAUCAUAUACCUCAAAUACCCGAUUAUAUAGUACGUGCUUUGGAAUACAUACGUACACAUCCCUACAUCGAAAAGGACUAUUAUACGGGUGAGGUUAAGCAAACAUCUUUUAGCAAUAAAAAAUCAUUACCAAUAGCCACUACUAAACGUAGUGCCUAUAGCAACAACAAUAACCAGAAGAAGGCCAGCAGCAACAACUCAAAAUAUAAUUUCAGACAUUAAUUGUCGAUAUUAAUUGAUUUAAGAAAUUAUAAAAUGUUUGUUUUGUAAAUAUGUUAAUGUUAUAAACUCCAAAAAAGUUAAAUAAAAUCUUCACAGUAUUUAAACGAAA